AUGAAAGGCCGUCGACGAAAUCGGAAUGUCUCUUCACGAACGGGAAUAUUUGACCCCGAGGAUGUCAAACGAGUCAAGCACUCUACUGUCGGGGUCUGGGACUUGUACGAAGAAAAGCCGCAAGUGCUUGGAUUUCAGUUUCCAGGCUCAUCGCGUCUCGAACACUACCUGGAGAUGUCCCGCAGCCUCCCGUAUGUUUGGAGGAUGAUGAAAGACAUAUCGCGAGUAAAAAACUGCUGGUUCCUGCUGACUCUGUAUAUUGCUGUCGAGCUCGGGAGCGCUGUCCUCCCUGCUGCUUCUUUAUGGUAUUCCGGACAGUUGCUGCACAUUGUGCAAACAGCUGUGGACACAAGAACCGUUGACACGAAUCUGUUGAUGCGAAUCUCGUUCGGUCGUAUAGGUUGCGCUAUUGUUAUCCGGUUGCUUUCUUUUGCGAAGAGUGCGAUAUCAUAUCCGCUCAUCGCUCGCCUCAAACAGCACUAUUCAGUGCAUUUAUUUCAUGCACGCGCUAGGCUCGAUCUGCCAACAUUUGAAGACCAUGCAGUACAACGACAGCUAGAAGCAGCAAGCGCUUCCUCACGUGGUGGUAUUGCAUGGGACACAUUCUCCAUGGUGUCAUCCGCUGUUAUGAGCGCUGUACAGAUCAUCACACAACUAUCUGUCCUCAUGGCCAUUUUGCGAGAACAGCUCGAUGGACCGCUGCUGGCAGCAAUCGGCCUCUCUCAUUCAGUAUUUGAAUGGCUGUUUAGUACCAAGUUUCUCUCGUUAGACUCACAAGUAUGGGCCGCCACAACAAGGAAUCAGGACUACAUCAAAAUGCAAGGUAUGAAGCGGCUUGUGAGUAAUCCAAAACACCGCAAGGAAUUUGUCGCUUGUAAUUUAGAAGAAUUUUGUACAAAACAAUUCAAAGAAUUCACCGAUCGAGUGGGGGACAAGGCUGGUGAUUUCAUGGAGGUUUUGCGAGAGCAGCGAUUUCGCGACAAAUUCUCUGUAGUAUCACUCAUGAAAGAACCGUGGCGCGCUCUGCCUCAGAUUGUGUUCACACUCCGCGCAGUGCAAUACCCAUCGUCAAUACCUGUCUCCCUCGCCUCGCUCAACCUUAUACAACAGACGACGGACAGUUUCGGCUUCACCGUCUUCCGUUUCAUCUCCCAGUUUGGGUCGAUCGCAGAUCAACUUGCUACUGUGCGGAAAUUAUACGACAUUGUCACUAUCCCGAAUCGCAUCCAGGACGGAACAGUUCCGUUCCCUGAAGACACACAGAAAGUCAAGGCAGGGAUUUUAAUUGAAUUCAGAAAUGUGUCAUUCCGUUAUCCGGGCACAGACGCUUAUGCCAUCAGGAACGUGUCGUUCAAGCUUUCAUCAGGACAGCUCUGUGUAAUCGUCGGUUCGAACGGAUCUGGAAAGAGUACGAUCCUCAAACUCAUCGUACGCCUGUACGAUGUCGACGAGGGCGAGAUCCUCAUCGACGGGCUGGACAUCCGCACGCUCAAACUCGCUGACCUUAGGCGCACAGUAUCUGUGCUCUUCCAAGAUUACACACACUUCCCUCUCUCCAUCCGCGACAACAUCGCUCUCGGUGACCCCUCUGACAGCGUAAGCGACGAGCAUGUCCGCCUCGCCGCGAAGCUCGGCGGCGCCGAGGAGUUUAUUGAGAAGCUCCCUGAGGGGUUCGACGCAUACCUCGAGCGCCCCGUGAACGACUAUUACUCUGGCCUCCCCGAGGGCACGCGCAAGCUGUUCGGGCGCCCAGUCGACUUUGGUGCGGUGCGGUUUGCAGGGGGCAUCAGCGGGCAGAACGACGUGGAGCUGAGCGGCGGCCAAAUGCAGCGCCUCGCUGUCGCGCGGUCGUUCAUGCGGUCGAUCGUCUCUGAAGACUCGGCGGUCGGGCUGUUGCUCUUUGACGAGCCGAGUGCAUCCUUAGACCCCACUGCGGAGCAUGAUUUGUUCGCACGGCUGCGCGAGCUACGGGGGAAUAAGACAAUGGUGUUCUCUUCUCAUCGUUUCGGCAACCUGACUAGACACGCAGAUUUGAUUCUAUACAUGAACGACUCUACAAUCGUGGAGGCCGGCACACAUGACGUGCUGCUCAAACGUCAGGGAGAGUAUGCAAGAAUCUGGAAUCUACAGGCACAAGCCUUCUUACCUUGA